AUGGAUGAUGAUGAUGCCGAGUACAUGCAAGGAAGCGACGAUGAGGACUACGGCUUCGACUACUCAGACGAUGAGGAUGGCGAUGAGGCAGCAAGCGCCGACGUCGAGAACAUGUACUAUACGGCAAAGUCGAAGAAGGAGGACAACCCUGAACAAUCUUUGAAGGAAUUCCGGGCUAUCGUUGAGCAAGAGGAGGAGAAAGGCGACUGGGGAUUUAAGGCGCUCAAGCAGUCUACAAAGCUGCUGUACCUUACGCUUCGAAGACCAAACGACGCGCUCAAAACCUACCAGGAGCUACUAACAUACACAAAGUCGGCGGUCACGCGAAACUAUUCCGAGAAGACGAUCAAUGGUAUCCUGGACUACGUUGGUGGUGGAAAAGGUGGACCUGUGGAGGUAGACGUUUUGGAGGAAUUCUAUGAAGCGACCAAGAAGGCCCUUGAAGAUGCGAGGAACGAGAGGCUGUCAGCGAAGACGAACCUCAAGCUGGCUAAGCUCUGGCUCGACCGCAAUGAAUAUGGUCGGCUAUCGAAGCUCCUGCGAGAUCUACACCGAUCCACAGGCGGUGUAGACGGCGAGGACAUGGCGCAAAAAGGCACGCAGCUCCUCGAGAUAUACGCGCUAGAAAUUCAGAUGCAUAACGAGAUGAAGAACUUCAAGAAACUGAAGGAAAUCUACAACCUCUCGAACUCAAUACGCUCUGCCAUCCCACACCCACGCAUCAUGGGCGUCAUCAAGGAAUGCGGUGGCAAGAUGUGGAUGGGUGAACGUCAAUGGCAACGCGCAAGCGAAGACUUCUUUGAGUCUUUCAGGAACUACGACGAGGCAGGAUCCCCUCAGCGGAUCCAGGUGCUUAAGUACCUCGUGCUCGCGAACAUGUUGACGGGAAGCGAGGUCAAUCCGUUCGACAGUCAAGAGACAAAGCCGUAUAAGAACGAUCCACAAAUCAUAGCCAUGACGGAUCUCGUCGAUGCAUACCAACGGCGCGAGGUUCACGCCGCAGAGAAGAUCUUGCGAGACAACCAGCAGACUAUCAUGGCAGACUCAUUCAUCCGUGCAUACAUCGGCGAGCUGUUGCGGAGUCUCCGUACGCAAUAUCUCAUUGAUCUCAUCAAACCUUACACCCGUCUCGAGCUCGCGUUCCUGGCCAAGCAACUCAACGUGCAGAAAGAUGAGGUGGAAGAUCUGCUCAUUGCGUUGAUCCUUGAAGGCAAAGUUGAGGGUAGGAUUGACCAAGUCGCCCAAAGACUGGAGCUCGACAGCAAGGCGAGUUUGGAGCGGAAGCGGUACGCAGCGUUGGACAAGUGGACCAAUGCACUUGAGUCGGUGCACAACUCUGUCGUCGCCAAGAACCAGACCGGCAACAGGGGUACAGACACCACAUAUAGCCACGCGCCUGAUCCUUUCUCGUCCCCGCUGCGCGAGAUUAACGGGCAAUGGGCUCCCCGGUAG